AUGUUCACCAAAGUCGUCCUUCAGUUCAUCACCUUCUCUGCUCUGCUUAUCGGGGUCAUGUCGACUCCAGUCUUAUACGGUAGCGGUUCCACUGAGAGAAUCUCCCCUCGCGGAAAUGCGAUAUCUUUCAACCACUGGGGCGGACAUGCUUCCCUCGACAACUUUGAUCACUUCUACGGUGUCGACAACUUCGAUGGGUCGGUCCACUUCAACCAGGUUGUAGAACAGGAGAGCCACGUCGUUUGCCACGCCCAAGCCAUCGAGAUAAUCCAACAGCGCCUAGUUGUCCUGCAAGAGAUGGCCAAACGGAUCAUCACUGAGCAGAUCUGCGAAGUCGAGACCCAGAUCAUCGUCUUCCAACAGUUCCAUGCCAGCGUCGGUUUGUUCGAUCACGAUCUUCGCCGCAUUAGCGGACAUCGAGUUGGCUUCGACUCGAACAUCGUUAGCCAUUUCAACGAUAUUGUUGAUGAGAGUGGGUCCAUCACCACCCAUGACUUCGGGUUCUCGGGGCUGGAUGUUGGGAGCCACACGGUGGUUGUUGGUGGACAUAACUGGGACGAUUUUAGGUCGCCUAGUACUGUUGAGCUCGCUCAUCGCGCUGCCAGCGGUGCUGUUGUCUCCGUUCAUUAA